AUGGUCCUGCGCCGUGUUGCCACCUCCACUUCACCCCUUAUUGAUGAAGUGUUCGGUAUGUACUCAUUUAACGACGAAACGCUCCAGAAGUCGGUGCCUAAAUUCGCGUAUAAGGUCCUGGAAGCGAGAAGGAGCCCUGAGAUUGAGUUGGAUAAGGAUACUGCCGAUGUGGUUGCCCAGGCCAUGAUGAAAUGGGCGGAGAGCCUGGGAGUGACCCACUUCUGCCACUGGUUCCAGCCGCUGUCUGGAGUAACGGCUCAGAAGCAAGAUGCUUUUAUUUCCCGUGUGAACGGCAAGACGGUUUCCAAUUUCACGGGUAAGAAGCUGAUUAAAGGAGAGCCCGAUGCUUCCUCAUUCCCCAACGGAGGUUUACGAGAGACGCACAUGGCUCGUGGCUUUACUGUGUGGGACCCCAACAGUAAUCCGAUUAUUGUGAAGCACGACAACGGAGGCACCUUGUACAUCCCGUCGGUGUUUAUUUCCUGGACGGGAGACGUUUUGGAUCAGAAGAUUCCCUUCCUCCGUUCGAACGAAGUGCUCAUCCGCGAAGCGGACCGCUUGUUCCGCAUCAUCGGCCAUCCGCAGACCAACUACAGCGUGAACUGCGGCAUUGAGCAGGAGUUCUUCCUAAUCCAACGCGAGUACUACGACAAGCGUCCCGACCUCAAGCUUACCGGUCGCACCUUGUUCGGUUGUCCUGCUCCGAAGGGCCAGGAACUCCACGACCAGUACUUCGCCGAAAUGUCCACCAAGUCGCUGAACUUCAUUCACGACGUGGAGAUCCAGAUGUGGAAGCUUGGCAUUCCCUCCACCACGCGUCAUCGCGAAGUGGCUCCCGGACAAUACGAGCUGGCUCCGCUGUACAACGAGAGCAUUCUGGCCACCGAUCAGAACCUGCAGUGCAUGGACAUCCUCAAGAAGCAGGGACGAAAGCACAACCUGAAGGCUCUCUUCCACGAGAAGCCUUUCUACGGAGUGAAUGGAUCUGGAAAGCACAACAACUGGUCGCUCAGCAGCAAGGAAACGCCUACGUUCUUGGAGCUGGGAUCGCAUCCUGAGAAGAACAUUCCGUUCAUCGUUUCGGUGGCCGCAUCGAUUCGAGCGGUGGACAAAUACGGAGAUUUGCUGCGUGCCUGCGUUACGUCGGCUUCCAAUGAUCAUCGAUUGGGCGGUCAUGAAGCGCCUCCUGCGAUUAUGUCGAUGUAUCUGGGCGAAGACGUGAGCAACGCGUUGGAAUUGUACAUGAAGCGAACGAACGCGACGCCGUACUGCGUCAACGACAAUCUGAAGACGGGAAUCAGUUCGAUUCCGAGCAUCAAUCGCGAGGGAAACGACCGAAACCGAACCUCUCCGUUCGCGUUCACUGUGAAUAAAUUCGAGUUCCGUGCGGUGGGAUCGAACCAGAGCGCGGCACGAAGCAACAUGGUGAUCAACACGAUCAUGGCCGAUUCGCUGCGCUACGUUGCGGAUAUGAUUCUGUUCAACAAGCGGAAGAUGUGCUUAGAAGACGCCAUCCAGCGAACUGUGACGGAUAUCGUGAAGAAGCACAACCGGAUUAUCUUUAACGGCAAUGGAUACUCGCAGGAGUGGGUCUCGCGGGCUGCCGAGCUGGGUCUUCCCAACAACGUCUCGUCUCCCGAGGCCAUCAAAGCGUGGACCGAUCCGAAGAACGUGGAGCUGUUCACCUCCAUGGGAAUCAUGAAAUCGAGCGAGAUCAGCUCGCGUCAGUCGAUUCUGUGGGAUCAGUACAACAAGGAUAUCUUGGUGGAGGCUCGCUGCAUGCGCGCUCUCGCCACGGAGCGCAUCUUCCCCGUUGUUUUCAAGUCGCAGACGCAGUUCAACGCGUCGCUGUCGGCGCUGGCUGCGAACUGUCCGGCGGUGGAUCGAAGUGCGCAGGUGUCGUACGUGAGCAGCAUGGGCGAGGAGCUGAACAGCGCGAUCGCGGCGCUGAAUCAGCUGGAGAAGGUGAUUAAGACGAUCGAGACGCCGGGAUUGAUCGAAGGCGAGGAGGCGCAGUCGUACUUCUGCCGAGACGACAUUCUCCCGGCGAUGGCGGAGCUGCGAAAGCACGUCGAUCGGCUGGAAGGCAUGGUGGAUUUCCGGGAAUGGCCAUUGCCGUCGUACUCCGCGAUGUUCUUCAACCAGAGUUAAGAUCGAGAAGAUGGUUGGAGCUGUGGUUUGUCAGUUUAAGAAACAACGCUAUGUUAGUAAACGGUUUAACGCAAUGA